AUGGACUGCAUUUACAUCAUCUUACUGAGUGUAAUGAGCGCCUACAAUGCCAGUGGCAAACUUUUAGUUUUUCUAAUUGAUGGACUCCGCUAUGACUAUCUUGAUAAUCUGGAAAACUUUCCUGGGUUCCGAGAGAUUGUGGAAAAUGGAGUAAAGGCGGACUACCUGACUCCUGAAUUCCCAAGUCUGUCUUUUCCAAACUACUUCUCACUAAUGACAGGUCGGAACACUGAAGAGCACCAGGUGACUGGGAACUAUAUGUGGGACAAGGACUCAAAUACGGAAUUCCUGCUCGGCACGAACCCAGGCAGCCUCUCGCCUCUGUGGUGGGAGGGAGCCGAGCUGCUCUGGGUGACCAUGGAGAAACUGGACAAGAGGGUCUACAUGUACUACUGGCCAGGAUGUGAAGUCGAGAUUAUGGGAGUGAGGCCAUCCCUCUGUGUACCGUACAUUCCAAAUCUCUCUGAGCGGAACUUGACAGAUGCCAUGGAACACGCCCUUGAUGCACUUAAUGAUGGCCAAGCUGACAUGGCUAUCGUGUAUUAUGAGAAGGUGGACACAACAGGCCAUUACUUUGGGCCCCAGUCACCUCAGUUGACUGGAACUCUUCUGGGACUAGACGCUACCAUGCAGUUUCUCAACCAAAGGGUCAUGGCCAAAAACAUGAGCAGUGACCUGAACAUCGUCAUGUUCUCCGAUCACGGCAUGUCUGAGAUCACAAACAUUAUUGAACUGGACAAACACAUCGACCUGUCCGAUGUCAUCAAGGUGCUGGACAUUAGUCCUGUCGUGAGCCUGUGGCCUAAACAAGAAAAGUUUGAAGAGAUAUAUGCAGCCCUUAGCGCAGUGGAGAACAUGGCAACCUACUGUCGACAAGAGAUCCCUGAACGAUUUCACUACAAGGGGGGGAGAUUUGUUUCAACUCUGACCCUUGUGGCCAAACCAGGCUGGAUUAUUACUCCUAGCUUUUCUGACCUACCUGUCCAGCCAAAUACAGAUGAAGACAGGAAAUAUGGUACACAUGGCUACGACAAUGAACUUGCUGAGAUGAGAGGGUUCUUUGUAGCCAAAGGUCCAGAUUUCAAAAGCAACUUCAGCGCUGGACCAAUCAGAGCAGUAGAUGUCUACAAUGUGAUGUGUUACACUCUCGGGAUUGAGCCACUCCCCAAUAACGGCUUGUUUGACCGUGUGAGGGCGAUGCUGAAUUAGUCCUUCAGUAUAGCCAAAGCCAUCGAUAUCUCAAAGUUGCGUCAGCCGAUGACUUCGCUGUUAGAGCCAGAUUAGAGCGGUCACGUGGUUAGUGGUAGUCUCAGUAGUUCCUUUGGUCCCUGGUUUACUACGGGACUGACAGCAGUGAUCACAUUAAUAUUUACGGUAAAUACUCAAUGAAAAUUACUAUAAACUGCAUUGGCACAUACAUACUGUAUAUUACUCACUGAAAAUGCAAUAGGGCCUAUUAUGCACACGACCAUAAGUCAUGUAGAAAAGUCUUAUGAUAACACCUGAGAUAUUCAUUCAUUUCCCCAUUGAGAGGAACUAUUGAACGACCAUGACAUACCGGAUGUGCCGCCAUUUUUAGGGACACGGGAGUGAAUGGUUGUGUCGCAACUUUAGGCGAGUUCAAGAUGGCUGCGCAGCACAAAAACUACGCAGCACAAGAUGCACGUGGUUAAAAAUCUGUCCACGUUGGUCUAGAUGGGUGUGUUUUCGACUCAGCAGUCGGUAUCACAUGGCCUCAACUUAUCGCGGGAGCAAGGCGUGUCCA